GCAGGUGGCUAAGGAUGCACUUCCCGGGUACCAUCCCCUUUCCCAAAUAUAAAUUCUCAGGUGCUCGGACGUAUAAGAUGCUCGACCUUCAGAACCCGUGCCGUUCACCCACAGAAAGAAUGGAGUUCCCCUGCCCCAACAAGCAAAUCCUUUUCAGCAGCCCUGUGCUGGCAAGCCCAGAGCUUUCUGGGAUCCCCGGAGGCCCCUUCCAAGGAACUCUCCCACAUGCGGCCCCUCUAUCGGAUGCACAGGAUCGUCGAUAUAUCGAGCCCGAAGAUCUACCGAAUUAUAGUGAUAGCGAGUCCGAUUAUAGCGAAUUGAAUAGCGGCUGGGACACCGUUCCUUCCCCGCUAAUUGGAGAGCUCAGACAUGGCAACACCAAAGCCCAACGCAACAACAUUACCGGUAUAUACGGGGGUGUCAAUGCAAUUGCCGGUGGCAGUGACAAUGAGAGUGAUGCAAGCAUACCAAUGCUGUCGGUCGAUGACAGCAUUAGCCAUCCUGAGCUGGUCAUCACCAAGCCACCUGCACAGCCAUCCACCAGCCGAGAUCGCAUUGACCUACUGUCGUCACGAGAUUUCACACAUCCCGGAACGGGCUACCGCAGAAGAAAGAACCGAGGGUCCAUCCUUCCAGCCAAGCAACGCCGCGUAGCAAAACAAAGCAGCACACUGUCUAAAAGGGGCGAGAAGAGUGCAGUACAACGCACGUCAACUUCGACUUCAAAAAGGGCUGGAUACACGGCAGAAGAAGAUGCAAAGAUCCACCGGCUGAAGGAACAAGGACUGUCCUGGCUCGAGAUCACUGAGUAUUUUCCAGGACGUACUCCUGGGGCCAUUAGGAUGAGGUAUCACAACAAGCUCAAGCCCACCUCCUCCCGAAGCGAAACUCAGAAAUUGUGUGAUUAUCCUCAGACACGUUCAGUAGUUGACAAUGCUAGUGACGAAGAGUGGGAGGUAGAAGAGAUUUGUGAUCAUAGAAAGCUGGAUGACGGCAGCUUGCAACUCCUUGUGAAGUGGAAAGGCGGAGAGGAGACAUGGGAACCUUACGAGAAUGUGGAAGAGACGGAGGCGCUUGAUGAGUAUGAGCGCCGUCAUGGUCUGGUUAUUGUAGAUAUUGUUUAAACCUUUGCCUCGAAUACAAAUUGAAACCUAUUUCCA